AUGAGGUGGCUAUCCCUCGUCACCCUGAUCGGUCUGGCGUUGGCUCAGGAUACCACCACCACCACCACCUCGGAUACCUCCUCGGAUACCUCCACUAGCCGUUCCUCCACCUCUUACGAUAUAUCCGAUGCCUCCACGAUCACAGGUAGCGUAGCUCUGCCCUCAGGCACCUACGAGACGUAUAGCAGCACUAUCACCCUCGGCAAUGGCGAUACUUCUUUGGAGGCCGUUACUACUUCCAUCGCCGCGAACGCCACCACAACCGGGAACCAGACGGUGGUCAGAACAACCUCCAACUCCGUGACGGUCCUAGUGGGUGGGGGUGGUACCACAACGCUAGGCAACAACAGCAUGAAUGCCACGGCCACGACCACUUCCACGGCCACCAAGACCCCCGUCAUCAACACCCGGCCUUGCAAUGGCUACGUCGAGCUCUGCGGGCGUAACUACUCCAACAUCACCAAUGUCGCUGCACACAACAGUCCCUUCGACCGUGCAGGCAAUGCCGCCUCCAACCAGAUGUUUGACGUGACCGCUCAGCUGAACGACGGUGUUCGCAUGUUGCAAUUCCAAGUUCACUACCAGAAUGGUACCAUGCUGCUCUGCCACACCUCUUGCGAUAUUCUCAACAUGGGCCUCCUGCAGACCUAUCUCGAGACUGUCGCUGUCUGGAUGCGCAAGAACCCCUACGACGUGGUCACCAUUCUGAUGGGCAAUUACGACUACGUCAGCCCUCAGAAUUUCACCGAGCCCAUCAAAAACUCCGGUCUCAUGGACUAUGUAUACACCCCGACGAAGAUCCCCAUGGCCUUGGAUGACUGGCCUACCUUGUCAGAGAUGAUCCUGACGCAGAAGCGUAUCGUCUUCUUCAUGGACUACCAAGCCAACCAGACCGCCAUCCCAUGGCUGAUGGACGAGUUCUCCCAGAUCUGGGAGACUCCUUUCUCUCCGACCAACGACAACUUCCCUUGCACCGUGCAGCGGCCCCCGGGUCUGGCGCGCCAGGGUGCCGAGACUCGCAUGUACAUGGCCAACCACAACCUGAACUUGGAUCUCAGUUUCGGCUCCAUCAGUCUCCUCAUUCCCAACACCGCCUUGCUGAACCAGACCAACGGUGUCAAUGGUACCGGCAGUCUGGGCAAGAUGGCGCGCAACUGCACAGCCAAAUGGAACCGCCCGCCCAACUUCCUCCUAGUCGAUUACUACAACUACGGCAGCCCCAAGAACGGAUCAGUGUUCGAAGUCGCUGCCGAGAUGAACAACGUCACCUACAACUGGAAGUGCUGUGGGACCAAAUCCGCCGCCGUACACGGAGUGUCCGUCUCCGGCAUUUCAACUCUGCUCGCCGUUGUAGCAGGCAUUCAGUUCCUGUUGACAGCGUUCUAA